AUGCCUGUCUCCAAGCGUGCCCGUCUCGUCCACGAGUCCAAGACCAGCAAAAAGAACCACAAGGAGCAAACCCGACGUCUUUUUGCCAAUAUUCGUGAAUGCGUCGAGCAAUAUGACCAUCUCUUCGUCUUCUCCGUCGACAAUAUGCGCAACACUUAUCUAAAGGAUGUGCGCACAGAAUUCUCCGAUGGCCGACUCUUCUUUGGCAAAACCAAAGUCAUGGCCGUCGCUCUCGGAAACACACCCGAGACUGCAUUCGCCCAAAACCUCGAAAAACUAAACCGUUUCCUCACCGGUGCCGUCGGAUUACUCUUCACUUCCCGCUCCCCGGAAGAAGUCAUUACAUAUCUCGAAUCCUUCCGACCAUCUGACUUUGCUCGUGCCGGAAACGUUGCGACCCGCUCCUUCACCAUCCCCAAUGGCGUCGUGUACUCGCGUGCAGGCGAGAUCCCGACCUCAGAGGAUGAUCCUAUCAGCCACACCAUUGAGCCCGCGCUCCGCAAACUCGGUGUUCCUACAAGACUUAUCAAGGGUCAGGUUGUGUUGGAGUUGUUGGAUGGUGAGAAGGGGUAUGUUGUGUGCAAGGAAGGCGAGACUUUGGAUUCGAGGCAGACUACGUUGCUGAAAAUGUUUGGUGUUGCUACCUCUGAGUUCAAGAUUGACAUUAAGGCUCAAUGGGACCGGGAGACUGGCGAAGUCAAGAUUUUAGAGAAACCUGAGGGUGCUAUGGAUGUGGAGUGA